AAGUAUUGUGUUACCUCGGAGUUCUUUCCGAUGCAUGAAUUUUGUAAUGCUUCUAUGAACCGGCUGACGCUUGCCAGUAAUCUGGAGACAGAGUGGAGGGUUCGUCCUGCGAAUGGAAAUGCUGCAUGCAGCCACUACCGCCUCCUCUCUUUACACCUGGAUGUACAGGAUUCGCCAACUAAGCUGUUGUGGCGGAGGAUCAAAGAAUGGACUAUUUUGCGAUUGGGUUUUCGCAAUUCUGGAGGGGAAUAUGAGGAAUUUUCAGUCUACCCAUUACUAAACUCACAACCCUGGUUCGACCUCACAAUUCAGCGUUUGUUGAAUAAUACUGCAUCAGAAACCCACUGUGUUGUCAGGAGUUUUGCCCUCAACGUGGAGCACGUUUGCCGGGGCAAAGGAGUUCCCAGCUACUUCGCCGUGAACUGCAGCGGCAACACAG